ACGAGUAGGUCCUGUGAUACGCUGGUGGAAGUAAAGGAAAUCAAACCAUCAGCUACAACAGCAGGCUGAGUGUAUUAACGAUAAAAGACCAGUAUCUGUAAAUUACCGUGUAAAGGACCGAGACAAGGCGCUUCAGGUCGCGCUGCUGGCCGUUGAAAGCCCCACAAAGAAACAAAGAUGACGGCGGCGGUGUUUUUCGGCUGCACCUUUAUUGCCUUCGGCCCGGCCAUCGCUCUGUUCCUGUUUACCAUCGCCCGGGAUCCGCUGAGGGUCAUUUUCCUCAUAGCCGGAGCGUUUUUCUGGCUGGUGUCCCUUCUGCUGGCCUCUCUGGUCUGGUUCAUCUCGGUUCAGAUCAGUAAUAAGGAGAGCGCGGCGCAGCAGAAAGGGCUCCUCAUCUUCGGAGUGGUGCUGUCCGUCCUGCUGCAGGAAACCUUCCGCUUCGCCUACUACAAGCUGCUGAAGAAAGCAAAUGAAGGCCUCCUCACUCUCAGCCAGGAGGAAACCAUGCCCAUCUCCAUACGGCAGCUGGCCUACGUGUCCGGCCUGGGCUUCGGCUUCAUGAGCGGAGCUUUCUCAGUGGUGAACAUCCUGGCAGACUCUGUGGGGCCCGGGACCGUCGGGAUCCACGGAGACUCUCAGCACUACUUCCUGUCCUCAGCCUUCAUGACCCUGGCCAUCAUCCUGCUGCACAUGUUCUGGGGCGUGGUCUUCUUCGACGCCUGUGAGAAGCAGCGCUGGUGGGCGGUGGCCGCCGUCGUCAUCAGCCACCUCCUGGUGUCCUGCCUGACCUUCCAGAACCCCGAGUACGUGGCCAGCCUGGUCCCCACCUACAUCAUCCUGUUCGUGAUGGGCAUUUGGGCGUUUUACUCCGCCGGCGGCUCCCUCAGGAACCUCAAACUCUGCCUCACCUGCAAAGACAAGGACUUCCUGCUCGCCAACCACCGGCCCAGAUAACGCAGCACACAGGGCGCUGUGCAGGACUCUUUACCCAAAGAUGACCGAGUUCACAAACACACACACACACACAAACACACACACACACAGAACACAGCGAGGAAGCAGAGUUAACCUUCUGUUAAUCUGCUGUUUCACUAAGAGGUAUUUCAUCUUCAAUCUAAACACGUAAAAGAAGAAUCAGAGAAAGGUCCUUGAAUGAAAGGAACCAAAUAUUUGGAUUCAUGUCCACCUCAGUUUGUAUAAUUCAAAAAUACAAAAUGUCUUAAAUCUAGCUGAUAGUGUCCCCUGUUUGUUGCCUGAUGCUUCGAAACGAACUGACAAAAGGUGUUUUAGAUGGAAACGUUUCACAUUCUGUAAAUAUUCCAAUGUUUUCAACUAUCUUCUUUUCAAAUGUGUCAAAGGGUGGAUUUCUCAUUUCUGAUCAGAACUCUUUGUGUAAAUAUUUAUGCAUUUUUAAUUCCCUGCUGUGUAGAUAGUGAAAUCUUUUUUUCAAGAUGUGAUAUCUUUUAGUCAGUGUAAGAACUUGCCUUUGAUUUGAAAUGAACACAGAUUGACAGAAGCCGAGAGGACAUGACCUCCGUUUGUUUGAUCGCAGUUAUCUAGAGACCAUGACUUUCUCACUUCUGUAGGGCAAUUAAAUGAAAUCACCAUGACUUCCUUUAGUUGAUUCUUUUGUUCCACGCUUGAGUAUUUAUGUCUCAAAGAUAAUGGUUACUAAUUAGAAGGCUGAAUGCAUAAACAUUUCAUUCCAUCUAAUUUGCACGCUUUUGGCCAAUUGUACUUCUCAUGGUAUUCCAAAUCGCUCUAACGUAUCACAAUUCAGUCCCACAGGAAUUAAAACAUUUUAAUUGAUAGACUUUGCGGCUUUCAGUGACCUGAAAUCCUAUGAAAUAUAGUUGAAUCCUGUUCUUGAGAGAAUACAAAUGUUUAAUAUCGCCAAGUGAGUCCUUAUCAAAAGGAUUCAAAUGAAGAGUCUCAGCUUCCGUGUAGAUAAACGGAUGGUUCAUGUACUUUAUUUCUCACUCCCGUGUGUACACAAAUCCACUAUUAUAAAAACACAAAUAGGAUUAAGAACAGGUGGACAUUUGGCCUCCAUGAUUUUUGAAUGUUGAAUUUCUUUGUUGCCUUUUCUUUUUGUUUGUGAGUGCAGGAGUUCUCAUGAAUACUCCAAAAUCAACGAAGGUUUUCCAUUUGCACCUGAUUUAGUUUUUGUGUUGACCUGCUUGUACAGUUUGUAUAGAUGACAUUCCCCCAUGUUUCUACCAGUGAACUAGCUUAAGGUGAUGCUUAGAACAUGUUUUUUGACUUUAUUCCAAACAUAAUCAAAUAACGCUGGUUCACAAAGAUAGAGAAGACUUAGUUUAUGCAGUUCACCUACAGAUUCAUUAGUGCAGACCAUAAUAGAAUCCUGCAAUAAAAUCUCCCUUCAUAAAGGUUA